UCACUGCGCAGGCGCAGUCCCGCGGUUCUCCGUUGAGAAGGUGCGGCUGCUGCGCGGGAGAUACGAAAUUAGAUGAACCCAUACUCUUUAUCACUAUGGAGAUCAUGGAGAAUCAGUUCACAUGUGUUCUGUCUCAGAGGCAGCAGUUGGACAGCAACAUAUUCCUUCCCUUGUGAAUAUUAACAGAGGGAAGUUUUUAAACAUGUUCAACUACGGGUCCAAAUUGAAGAAAGAUAUUUAAGUCAUUAUGGAGAGGAAAACAGUACUUUGUCCAUAGUUGGGCGAAGUCUCCGAGUAAAUCAGAGAGAAGAGAAGCCCUAGUGACACUGGAGUGUGGUAAGGCCUAAGUGGGCUUUUUCAUGAGUUUCUACUCCGUGGACAUGUUUCCAGAUCGACCCUCACUCCCCUAAAGACAAGCCUGAAACCUUAAAACGGGUCACGUGAUGGAUGAGUCAGAUGAUGAUUUCAAAGAACUCUGUGCCAGCUUUUUCCAAAGGGUGAAAAAAAAUGGAACCAAAGAAGUGUCAGGAGAAAGGAAGAGGCAGAAGGCUGCCGGUAGCACUCAGAAAAGAGGCAAGCUGAAAGAAACCAAGCGAGCUGCCACCAGGAGCAAAAACCUUCAAGGCCCUUCAGAGAAGAAACCUCCAUCAGGCAGCCAGGCCUCUAGGACUAAAAAGCAAGGGGCACCUAAAGCCCAAGGAGGCGCAGCUCUCCCUGAGAAUGGAAAGGGAGGUGUCCUUGCUCCCACCCCACAGCCUGUGUCGUGUGAAAGAGCACAGAGCGUUCAGACAGAGAGUGCUUCCAAUGGCGACCUCCAGCCCCUUCCAUCCUGUUUCACUGCGACUGGUGUGCCAAGUCCCUCCAAACCCAGAGCCUCAGAGCUGGUUCUCCAACGGAUGAAGCAGUUCAAGAGAGCAGACCCUGAGCGCUUGAGACAUGCUUCUGAAGAGUCCUCCCUAAGGACCACGCUGGAAGAAAAUGUCCCAAGGAGUCCUCAAGAGGAGAUAGCAGUAGAGAAUGAGUCUAAGCCCAGGCUCCGUGCCACAGACAGUGACGAUGCUAUGGCCCUGGCCUUACAGCAGGAGUUUAGAAGGGAGGAAGCAUCUUACCACCAUGACAGCUUGGAGGAGAAGGGGUUGUUCUUCUGCCAAAUGUGUCAGAAAAACCUCUCAGCAAUGAAUGUGACCCGGAGGGAGCAGCAUGUGAACAGAUGCCUUGAUGAGGCAGAAAAGGCCCUGAGACCUGCUGCACCUCAGAUCCCUGAUUGCCCAAUCUGUGGUAAACCCUUCCUCACCUCCAAGAGCCGAGUCAGUCACUUGAAGCAGUGUGCAGUAAAGAUGGAAGUGGGCCCCCAGCUCCUGCUCCAGGCUGUGAGGCUCCAGACAGCUCAGCCUGAGGCGGGCAGCAGCCCUCUGGUACCCAGCAACCAUGUUGGAGGUUUGAAACGGAAAGGAGCCAGUGUCAGGAAGGAGCCACGGAAGAGGUGGAAGGUCAGCAAGCCCGAGGCUCCGUCUGAAGAUCUGCUGGUGGCCAUGGCUCUGUCUCGCUCUGAGAUGGAGCAGUGUCCAGCUGUGCCCCCACUCAGACUGGAAAGCGCGUUUUCUGAGAAGAUGAGGCAGGGUGCAGAGAAGAAAGGUCGCAGGAAGAAGCCCCCGGUCUGCCCCCCACAGUUGUUAACCCAGGACUCUGAGACCACAAGUAGACAGAUUGAGGAUCGUGUUGCCCAGCUCCUAUCAGAGGAAGUGGAACUGUCCUGCACCCCGCCACUUCCUGCCAGCAAGAUUUUAAAGGAAGAAUUUGAACAUGCAGGCUGGCAUCUGCAGCUGCCUGGAGGAAAGCGGAAUUUUCUGUGGGAGUGCAGUGCCCUCACAGGAGCCUGGGCUGAGGAGUCCUUCUAUACAGCGGGCCUGGUUCCUCCAAUUGUGUUCCAACGGCCUCCCAAGGAAGAGGAGCUGUCACUGCCCAAGCAGCAAGAGCCAAGUACACAGAGGCCACCUGCUUUCCACAGCAGCCCUCCCGUGAGCCGCAACCCCGGGAGCCAGCUGCUGUCCUCCAGUCAGAGGGAGCGUCAAGCUCUUCGAGAUCUUGUGGACUUGGCAGUAGAGGGGAUGAGCGCCAGCCCGUUGCCCAGCAGUCUGGGAGUGCCUGCAGGAUUGGAUUUGGGUCCCAGCAGCCUUCCCCUGACUGGGUUUGUCCUGCCAUCUAAGAAGGCCCUUCAGAGGAGUGACCAUGCCUCACUCUCCUCUCUGGGCUUGCUGGUGUCGGACUUUGGGACAAUGGUUAAUAAUCCACACCUGAGUGAUGUCCAGUUCCAGAUUGACAGUGGAGAGGUGUUUUAUGCCCACAAGUUUGUUCUCUAUGCCCGAUGCCCACUUCUUAUUCAGCAUGUAAAUGCUGAAGGCUUCUCUGCUGUGGAGGAUGGGGAUGUGACCCAGCGCAUCCUGCUGAGUGACGUGAGCGCUGAGGCCGCCCAAGCAUUUCUGAACUAUCUCUACAUGGCAGACACCGACAUGUCUCCCAGCCUGGCUCCUGAUCUGCGCUCCCUGGCCCUGAGAUUUGGUGUGCAUGACCUUGUUCACCUGUGUGAACAAGCGCCUGUCAUGACGGACUUGGAGGGAGAGCAACAGGAGGAGAAGGAAAAUGAGAAUUGCGAAAGCAGAGCAGAGAAUUUCCAAGACCUCUUGAGGUCAGUGUGGGGAGAUGAGGAGGAGGAGGCAGAGAUGCUGUUGAAACCUGAGGUCUGUGAGGAAGACAGAGAAAAAGUGAAUGAAGCAGAAAUGGAAGAAAUUUAUGAAUUCGCAGCCACUCAGAAGAAGCUGCUCCAGGGGGAAAGCGCAGCAGACACACAAGAGGAUGCUGACCAGCUCAGGGAGGUCAGUCCAGGUUCUGAGCCUUCCCCAGCAGGUGCCCAGAGUAACAGGCAGACAGAACAAAUGGAGUCGUCUGGGCCAGUCAGCUGGGAAAAUGAAAGAGAUUCCAUUCCACCCCAGGGCCAGUGCUCAGACUGGGGAGAGAAAGCAGACACCCAGGAGGCACGAAGGGAGGCAGCUGGGCAGCCCAGCUCCUGGAGCCCUUCUGAGAGCCUCCAGGUGAGUGAAGGGUGCUCACCUUUGCACCCCACCAAGGCCCACGACUACACACAGCGCUUUGCAUCAGCUCAAAGAAAAUCAUCUCAACUGCCAAAAAUAACACUUGGUCCUGAAGAGCACAGUGACACUGUUAGUGAGAGACAGGCAGAGGUGACCCGUUCCGCUGCGGGGGAGCAGGCACCCCGCUUCCUCCUGUCACAGUCCCCUGUAGGUGGAAGUCCCAGCCAGUCACAGCUUCAUCUGUAUCACACAAGCAAUUUGUCCCCGUCAGGGUCCCAGUCGCACAGCAGCAUUUCUAAGAUGGCAUCCCCCAGCUCACUGUCUCCAGUGACACCAGCUAAGCAGAGAAGGGACAGUAGCAUUCUCACAUUACUGAAAGAACCGGGCCACCAGAAAGGCAAACGAGGUAGUUCCAUGUUGGGAUGCAGAAAUACAGGCAUCCUGAUUUCCCCAGCAAAGUCUCCACCCAUUGACCUGACCCAGUCCAUUCCUGAUCAUCUGAGUCCCAGGUCCCAGAAUCCUCUGUGUCAUGUGAAGAAAGAGGAUGAGGUUAUCCUUUUACUGGAUUCAGAUGAGGAGUUGGAGCUAGAGCACAACAAGACAAAGUUGGUUUCUAAAGAGUCCCCAGAAAGAAAGAAAGUUCUAGAAGUUAGCCCCAGCUCCUCUGAACUGUUUUCAGUCAUCGAUGUUGAUGAAGAGCAAGAGCCUUUCCAAAGCCCACUGAAGAGAGAAGCCGGGCUGCAGAGGGAAGAGGAGGGGCAGCUGGAACAUCAGUCCACCCUGCGAAGCAGAGAGUUCCCCUGGCUGUUCUGCAGCCAGAAGACCAGCCUGGAUGAGGACAGCACUACAGACACCUCCUGGCUGGUGCCUGCUACUCCGGGGCCCUGCAAGAGCCGUGAUUGCUCAUCACAGACCCAAAUCUUAAGCCUUAAGGCCAGGUGCCCACCAGAUGAGACUGUUCAGCACACAUGCAGGCCUUCCAUAGAUCUAAGUACUGUGCAGGAAGCAGCCCAGAAGUUCUCAGUGAUCAUACCACAUAAGCUGCCUCUUACUCAAGGACCUUCCGACAGUGGGGGGCAGGCCUACAGAAGCCCCCCCCAUCCUUACCCCAGGUGCCGCGAACGCUCUUCUUUACAGCCAUGUCCUGCCCCUGAUUUCACCAGGUGGCCCCAGAAACACUCAUCACCUAGGCCAUGCCUGCCAAACCAGGCAGCAGCUGAUGAAGUGGUAGAAGUUGGAGACAGUGAUGAUGAGCAGGAGGUGGCUUCCCAUCGAGGAGACCGCAGCCCUGCGCUAGACAGUGACCCCCCAGGUCCCAUGGGUGACUGCUGUUGGCACGAUGAGCCUCUCUCACCAAUUCCAAUUGACCGCUUGAAUCUGGAGCGGACUGGCCCUCUGACCACAAGCAGUCCCAGCCAUCAGUCCCAGGAGGCUCUGCGGAGUGGUGACUGCCACUCCCCAGGACUCCUGGGCACCACUCCCGUCCGAGGGAGCCAUGGAGCCCUGAGAGAGUCUCCUGAGUCUCCACAGGCUGCCUCUCCAGGGAGCAGCAGACUGAGUUUCAUGAGCCCGGCUCUGUGGGAUGACUGGGAUGAGGAAGAGCAGCACUCUCCAGAGGCCCCGCCCGUGGCCCAAACGCUGAGCACCAGAGCUCGGACGCCAGGCAGCCCAGAGACACCAAAAGGUGCUAACCGGAGAAAGAACUUGCCCCCCAAAGUGCCUAUAACUCCAAUGCCAAGGUAUUCAAUCAUGGAGACCCCAGUGCUGAAGAAAGAGCUGGACAGGUUUGGAGUCCGUGCUCUGCCCAAACGCCAGAUGGUUCUGAAACUGAAGGAGAUUUUCCAGUACACUCACCAAACUUUGGAGUCAGACUCGGAGCAUGAGAUCCAGUCCUCCCAGGUGCCCCCGGAGGCACCUUGCAGCCAAACCCCUCUCACUGAGACCUACAAGCCUUCAAGGUCAGGAGGCUACAGCCAGCUCAAGGCCACUGCAGGUCUUGGGACUCAAAGAGCCAAGGGUCCCACAAAGAGCAAGAGUCCUCAACAUCGAAAGAAACAGCGUGGUAGAAGUAUUUCCCACCCGAGCAGGUUGCCAGCUGGGGAGCCACCUUCAGGCCCUGAUGGGGAUGCCCCACUCCCAGCCUCCCAGGAAUCCAUGGCUACCUCUGUGGAUGGCAGUGACAACUCCUUUAGCUCUCAAAGUUCCUCCUGUGAGUUUGGAGCUGCUUUGGAGUCUGCAGCUGAAGAGAAGGACGAGGAGGAGGGGGUCAGUGCGUCACAAGUUGCUCUCCGGGCCGCAAACACAGAGGAAGCAGUGAGACGCUACAUCUGUUCCAAGCCUGCCUUGUAUAGGAAGAUACUCACGUACCAGCCUCUCGAGCUGGCUGAGCUGCAGGCAGAGCUGAAGCAGGAGGGUAUCCCUGUGGCCAUGGGCAAGCUGCUGGACAUCCUAGAUGCACAGUGCAUCACCUUCACAACUGCUGCAGCCCGAAAGGAGAAGCUGAAACAGAAGAGGAGGCAGCCCCUGGGCAGAAAGAAAAAGGAUCAGGAAUGACAGGCUGUGCCAGAGGCCUGCAAGUCAGGCCUCUGCGGUGUCUCAGUGCACAGCCUGGCCUCUGUGAAGGACAGAUCCCCAGCACUCUCUCUCUCCUGGGUUCUACCAGCUCUGUGUGCCACCCCUGAAUUUACCGCCAGGUCCCUCCUCCCCUCUCCCUGCCCUCAGUCAGGGCCAGUUUUCCCCUUUGACCCAAGUAGGCUCCCCAUCUUAAGUGUUCUGAGAGGCAGCGGGCCAUACCAGCUGGCCAGGGCACGAGCCAAGCCUUCCUCACUUGCCACUCGGUGUCCGUCACACCCAAGCACAGCUGUCCUAGUAGAAUAUUCUGGGAUGGGCACCGGGCCCAGCCUGCCCCCUCAGCGUUCAAGCCACCCAGCCACCCCAGGGCAGCCUGUACCACUCCAUCACAGGUGCGCCUCUGACCUAGUGCUGCCCAGAUACUUGUCACUGUCACCAGCAUUUUCUAAGCAGGACUGUGAAUAAGGCCCAGCACAGCUAUGAAGACGCCCAAAGCAAGCAUACUGUUUGUGGGCUCCUCCCAUGUGUGUUAAGCCUCCUUGACCCGGAAGCAGUGUGGACCCUGGGGAGGGCCAGGAAAAUAGAAAGCUUGGGUUUCCAUAGCCUGCGAAUGUCCUUGUCUGUCAUAAAUACAGUGAAGUUGUUUUAUAUGAGUGCAAUAAAAACAAGGCUUUAUUUAAAAUAAA